AUGGCAAAGAACAAGAAAAAAAAAAAAAGUGGUCGUCCAACCACUUUGACGCGAGCUACAACAACAAAACUACUGAAAAGUGCCAAAAACAAGGUUGGUGUCUCUCAACGACGUUUGGUCAGCAAAUAUGGUGUAUCGCAGCCGACCGUUCAUCGAAUUCUGAAAAGGAACAAUGUUUUCAAACGUCAACGUAAGCGGGCACCAAAAUAUACAGCCGAUCAAUUGGAAAGAAUUUCAAAAUGUUGCCGUGCUCUUCGUGUCAAACACUUCAAGAAAGACACAUUCAUCAUUUUGGAUGACGAAAAAUAUUUCACGUUUGCACACCACACACUGAGUGGUAAUGAUCAUUUUUACACCGAUGACAUUAGUACGACACCAGAUGACGUGAGAUUCGCCGGUCAAGGGAAGUUUGAGCCGAAAAUUCUCGUUUGGAUGGCAAUUUCGAACAAAGGUUUGUCGGCGCCGUACAUUCGGCCAAUUGGAGGUCCAGCAGUCAAUUCCGAUGUUUAUAUCGCCAACUGCUUGCCCAAAUUGAAAGAUUUUAUCGAUGCGCAUCAUUCAAAUGAAAAUUACAUCUUUUGGCCGGACUUAGUAAGUUGCCAUUACUCAAAGAAGACGUUAGCGUGGUUGAAUGGCCAAAACAUACCUGUCGUACCGAAGGAUGCCAACCCGCCAAACGUGCCCGCAGCGCGUCCGAUCGAAAAUUUUUGGGCUUUGCUGACUCGUUUGGUGUACGAUAGAGGCUGGGAAGCCAAAACCGAGCGCCAGUUGAUUAACAGAAUCAAUCGAAAAUUGAAAGAAGUCGAUCAAAAUGUCGUCCAGGCCAUGAUGGCAAGUAUUCGGCCAACAUUAAGAAAAAUCGAAGAUAAUGGUCCGCUGAGCGUACUUAAAUGUUAA